AUGCACAGACCGGAGCUGCUUCUGAGGAUGGUCCUGCUGGUUCUGCUCCUCCUGGGGCUCGCCGAGGCCUGCAUCCCCCGCGAAGUGGCGAUCCAAGAAAAAAUCAAAUUGCUGAAAGGAAUCCUGGGCAUGAUGAGCAGACUGUCGGUGGACGGUUUCAGAAACAAAGCCUCCAAGAUGCCUUCCCCUGCACCCCCAACAGACAGGACAGAAGAAGAAAUGAAAGAGAUUCUAGGAUUGCUGAGCCUCCAAGUGUUGAAUGAAGAAACAAAUGACUGCAAGGAAGAAGUGAAGCGUCCCCCUACGACCGUGCCCGCCAAGCUGCUCAGGAAGAGCCCGGGGAGCCAGUGGAGCCUCCUGAAGUGCGCCUACAUGGUGGCCACCUUCCUGUUCGUGUCCUACAACAAAGGAGACUGGUGUUACUGCCACAUAUGCAGCCGGGAGCUGGAGACGAGGGCCGACCCCUGCUGCUCUUUCUAG